AUGUUUCCGUGUUUUUCGGUUGUAGACCCAUUUUACCCGAAUCUUCUUCAGAUUCGAUCUUCAAAUCGUUCCACAAUAAUCAUGAAUGGAAACCAGCCUUCAACACUUAGAGAUCAGAGAGAAAAGCAGACUUCAUUUCUUGAGGUUGUUAAUACAGAAAAGCUCUUAUGGGCAACAAUUCAACAUAAAGGCAUACAACAUUUAGAGGUUCAAGAUCUUUAUCUUAAAGUGCGAUCUGGUUACGAGAAAAUCAUUCUAAAUGACUACCAACAAGUUGAUCUUCAAGAAGUUGAAUAUUCUCUAUGGAAGCUUCACUACAAACACAUUGAUGAAUAUCGUAAGAAAAUCAAGAAAGUGUCUUCGGGAACAGAAACCACAAACAACCUUAAUAGCCACGUGGAAGGAUUCAAAUUGUUUCUCUCUAAAGUUGCCGACUUCUACAAGGACCUAAUUGCAAAAUUCAGAAAAACUUGUGGUGUAUCUGAAGAAACAUUGUUGAAGAAGAAUGGAAGUGGAGGAUCUGUUUCUAAUGAAAACACAAUAUUACAAAAAUGCCAUUAUGUAUGUCAUAGGUUUUUAGUUUGCUUAGGUGAUCUUUCAAGAUAUGUUGAGCUUUGUAAAAAGCCCGAGGUUCAAAAAAAAUGGGGGGUGGCAGCUAUUUAUUACUUAGAAGCAACAACAAUUUGGCCUCAUAGUGGAAACCCUCAAAAUCAGUUGGCAUUAUUGGCAACAUAUAUUGGUGAUGAUUUUCUUGCGUUGUAUCAUUGUAUAAGAAGUUUGGCUGUGAAAGAGCCUUUCCCAGAUGCUCGAGAUAAUAUUAUGUUGCUUUUUGAGAAGAACAAAUCAUCGCAAUUACAAUCGCUUUCUACCAAUGCACAUAUUGAUUUCUCAAAGCCGUUGAAGAGGCUUUCAUCGCAGAUUAAGUCGCAUUCAAGCAUGGAUUCUACGAAUAUUAAAUUAGGAGCGAAUGGGAGUGAGCAUGUUUUUCCUGUGAAAACAGAUCUUUGGCCUCUUUUUGUGAGGAUGAUGAGUUUCUUUCUGGUUAAACCGAGUUUUGAGGAUUUACCUCACACUUUCGCAUCAACAAUGAAGGAGUUGGAAGCAGUAUUGGCAUUAAACGAAAUGGAAUUGAAUUCAUCGUUAGAACCGUAUGAUCAGUUCGAUUCGUCAAGGAAAGGACCUUAUCGAGCUCUUCAAUCUGUCGCUAUUCUCAUCUUUGUAAUCCAUAAUCUGAUGAAAACUCCGGAACUUAAAGAACUAAAAGGCCAAAAAGACGAACAGCUUUCAGCAUGUAGUUCAUGGGCCUGGACGUGUAUGUUUACUUGUUUGGGCCAUUUUAUUCAGCGGUGUCUCAGCCUUACCACCGGCGGAUCCGAUCGACAGAACUGCUGCUCGUUGUUGCCUGCGGUGCUCGUGUUCCUGGAAUGGUAUGUUGGUGUGAUUGAUUUUGCAGGAAGUUAUGAUGAAGAUGAAAAGGUUUGUAAUGCUAAAUCGUAUUUCCUUGGUGCUUUGGUUGAUCUUGUGAGCGGAUUUGAUGAAAACCCUAAUUUCUCGAAUCGAAUUGCUUUGUGGGAAGACUAUGAGUUGAGAGGAUUCGAACCUGUUUCCCAAUCAAACGAGUUUCUAGAUUUCUGUAAUUCCGAAAAUAGACGGAGAUUCGAGUUCGGGAAUUCGAAUUCGAUCCGUGUCAAUCGAGUUCUUCAUGCUUCCAUUAAAGUCGCCGAGAAAUUGAAGUGUGGAUCGAUCAUUUAUGAUCGAACUUCAAGGAAGUUUUCAAAGAAAAACGAGAAAGAGAUUAUCGAGGAAGAAGAAUCGAGUGGCGUUGAAGAGGAGGAGGUGAUUCUCUUCAAACCUCUCACGAGAUACAACUCUGAACCGAUUCAGACUGAAACUGAAACUUCUGAUCAAGAACAUCUUCGACGAUCUUCAUCUCUAAUCGGUGCACAAAAUGCUGCAGGACCUCCUUCCCUAAGUGGCUGGGUUCUUAAUAGAGAAAGUUUAAACCUAGAAAGAGAAAGAGGAUCACGAAGUCCAAACCAGAGAGAGUUGUCUCCCAUUUCUGAAAUGCCGACAUCAUCUUAUGUGGCUCCGAUUCCUUCAGCUCCAUUGUUACCGGACAAUUUUAGUUCUGGAGUUCCGGGCUUUGAGGAUGGAUUCCGGCCACCGGUUUAUGGAUUAAGUUCUUCGGAAUGGCUUUACCGGUAUACAAACAACCUAAGUCUGGAGCGAGGCAAUGGAAAUCUUCCGAAUCCCAACCUUCAUUGGCCGGUUUCGGGAAACAACCCUGCCGGAAAUAUCGCCGGAAACUUCCAUGGAUAUGGUGGCGGUUCGAGAUAUGAUGUUGUUGAUAGGUGGGGAAACCCAUUGCUUACGAACCGGAUGGUGUAUUUGGAGAAUCCAAGGGAGAGGUUUUUGUUUGGCGGUGGUGGUGGCGGCGGUGGUGGUGGUGAACAGCCACCACUUUUGCAGCAUGUGAAAGAGAGGGAAUGGCAGCUGCCGAAUGAGUCUCUGUUUAGAGGUAAUCCGUACAUGGGGAAUUGAAUAUAUAUAUAUUUUUUAUGAUUAUGUUAAUAUAAACUUCUGUAUUGUAUUUGUAAUGUUUUGUGUAUUUUGUCUCGUUUGUUUGAGGCUUGUAUCGAAGAUCUGUACAUUGUAAUUUCUAGUGAAUAUAGAGUGAUUUUGGAAGAAAGGGUGCUAAUGUUUUCUUUGUUGAUUGAUAA